AUGACAGUGAUGAAGAUGGGGAUGAAUAUGAAAUCGGAGACGAUGACGCUGAUUUUGGUGAACCUGGCGGGUAUCAUGGAAAGAGCAGACGAAUCUCUGCUUCCGGGUGUGUACAAGGAGGUGGGGGCGGCUCUGCACACUGAUCCAACUGGACUCGGGUCCCUGACUCUCUUCAGAUCCCUAGUGCAGACCUCUUGCUAUCCCCUAGCCGCCUACCUCGCCCUCCGCUACAACCGCGCCCAUGUGGCAAUAUCGAGAGGUCUGAAUGGUAUAGGACUUGCCAUAGUCACACCAGCCAUUCAAUCCCUUGUUGCAGACUCAACUGAUGAGACCAAUCGUGGUAUGGCCUUUGGAUGGCUACAAUUGACAGGAAAUAUUGGCUCAAUCAUUGGUGGGCUAUGUGCAGUGCUUAUUGCUUCUACGUCCUUCAUGGGUAUCCCUGGAUGGAGAGUAGCUUUCCAUCUGGUUGGUCUAAUCAGUGUUACAGUUGGUAUUUUGGUCCGCCUCUUUGCCAGUGAUCCCCGCCAUUCUGAUUCUCAACCAAAGAAUGAAAUCCAACAUAAAUCCUUCCGUUCAGAACUCAAGGAUGUGCUUAUACAAGCGAAAUCAGUAAUGCAAAUACCAUCUUUCCAAAUAAUUGUGGCCCAAGGUGUGUUUGGAUCUUUUCCCUGGUCAGCCAUGUCUUUUUGCCCUAUGUGGUUAGAGCUUAUUGGCUUCUCUCACAAGACAGUGGCAUUGUUAUGGACGCUUUUUGUCAUUGCUGGUUCACUUGGAGGGUUGCCUGAUGAUCCUUCUACUGCAUUUCUGCACGGUAUGGUCUUGUUCAUCAUGGGAUUAAGCAUAUCGUGGAAUGGUCCAGCUACAAACAAUCCAAUAUUUGCAGAGAUAGUUCCCGAGAGAAUGCGUACCAGCAUCUAUGCUUUGGAUCGAUCUUUUGAGUCCAUACUAGCUUCAUUUGCUCCCCCAAUCGUUGGCAUUCUGGCUCAGCAUGUUUUUGGAUAUAAACCAAUUCCAAAAGGAUCAUCAGACUCAGAAGAAAUUAAAACAGAUCGAGAGAAUGCCAUACCACUUGCCAGGGCACUAUACACAGCAAUUGGCAUUCCUUUUGUAAUAUGUUGCACUUUCUAUUCCUUUCUCUACUGCUCUUAUCCCAGGGACAGAGAGAGGGCAAGGAUGCAUGCUCUGAUAGAAUCGGAGAUGCAAAGGAUAGAGACUACUCCUUCGGCAGAAGAAUACUCUCAAAUUCAUAUUGUAGGAUUGAAUGAGCACCAGGAAAAGGAAAGAAGUGUGAGUGAGGUUGAAUAUGGAGAGGAAAGCCUUGAUUUUGACGAGAAUGAUGAGAAGAAGCUACUUUCCAAUAAGCUGCCACUGUCAGAUUCAGUUGAAUAG